UAUGCAAUUACGGAAGGAACAACUGAAGAUGAUAUAAAAGUAUCUCUAGACAGAAUUGUACCACAUAUAUUUGGCAAUCAUGACAGUUGCAGAGAGGUCACAUUGUGUAAAUAUAAGGAGAAUCCAACAAAUUUUAAGUAUAGGAGCCUUCCAGGUGGUAAUCCACUAACAAACGAAUCCCUGAAAGAAGAACUAUUGGUAUUGGUAUCAAAAUAUACAUCUCGGUCUAAUGCUAUAGCAGAAUUAGGAUCAACACAGGCAAAUGAAAGCUUCAAUCAGAUGGCAUCUUCAAAAGCACCAAAGUCAAGACAUUAUGGAGGAUCAUGUUCCCUUAAAAACAGACUAUCUGCUGCAGUUCUUCAAAAAAAUGAAGGCUACAGCUACUUGCCUAAGGUUAAUGAGGCUUCAAAUCUAUCUCCUGGUGAUUUUACCACGUCUUUGACAUCAAAAAUGGAUGCAAAAAGAAAGAAAAGAAAGCAGGCAUCAAAUAAAAAAGAAAUUAAGAAAAGGAGGAUUUCCUUAAAGAAAAAAAAGAAUUUAAACGAAAGGAAACGCACGUUUAAAGAGGGACCCACUUAUGAGACACAAUUUGAACUAAACAUGGAUAACACUGAAAAUGUUCCUCAGAUUCCUCAGCAAAUUAUAACUUCUGAUUCAGAAAGCAAAGUUUUCUUUGACUUGGAAACUACUGGCUUAGGAAGGAAUUGUGACAUUACUCAGAUUGCUGCAAAAAUUGGUGAGAAUGUAUUUCAGAAGUAUGUAAUUCCAAGGGUUGACAUACAUAUUGAGGCAAGCAGGGUCACUGGCAUUACAUACAGUCAGAGUACCAACAUUAUGUAUGUUCAUGGAGAAAAAGUGGAACCAAUUUCUACAGAAAGCACUGUUAGACUUUUUAGAAUUUUUAUCAGUUUUAGAAAAACCUAUUUUAAUUGGUCACAAUAUUUGUAAUUUUCAUAUACCUAUUUUAGUCAGGAAACUUAAAUGAAUCAAAUUUCUACACAACUUAUUGCAAACUAGUAAAGGGUUUUGUUGAUACUUUAAAAUUGGCUCUUAGAUUUAUUAACAAGGAUGAGGUUGUGAAUUUUAAACAACAAACACUUGUUGAAAAAUUUCUUAAUAUCUCAUACUCUGCUCACAAUGCUAUUGAAGAUGUGAAGUCUCUUCAAAGUCUUUUUGAUGUAAAACUGUCAUCCUUUUUUUAAUAAUGUUGAUGUUUAUUCACUUAUGUAUCACACUUGUGUGGAGUCUUAUUCAGAAUUUAUCAAGAAAAAAAUAAUAACAAAACCAGCAAGUGUAUUACUGGCAAGACAUGGUGUUUCUUUUGAACACAUCAAGACUGUAUACAACAGGGAUAAAAGAGUUGUGAAAUUUUUAUUUGAAGAAUAUAAAAUUUCACAAAAGAUUGUUAAUGCCAUCAUACUUUUUUGGACGAAGAAUAAAGAGAAACAAUAUUGAAAAUAACCUGACUACAUGACAUGAACAUGGUGUAGUAUUUGAAUCUUAUUAAAAAUAUACCAAAAAAGUGACAUAAUUCUGUCAGUAUUACAUUAUUUUAAUGGUAAUCUAGAUGUUUAUGAGUAUGUUUUAUGAGUAAGUUAUAAACAAAAUGGGAAAGUGAAGCAAAACAGUAUUGAUAUCUUUUUUUUAAAACCUCUGAAGUCAGUGUAAAUUAACAAUAUCUUAAUGAUGUUAAAUAAUCCAUACAAAAUGUAUAUUAUUUAUGCUGCAUUAUAUCAUAUAUGCAUAUAUGUUGCUGGCUAUCAAAUCUCCUAUUUCUUUUGAGGCUUCCUAUAUUUUUCUAUUUUGGGACAUGUACUCCCAAUAUUUCCUAUAUUUGAAUAAAUGCUGUAGUCCAUCAAAUUGUAUGAUUUUUUAGAAGACAAAAAUGGUGAGAGUAUAGUUUGGCUGUGAGAGGAGGUGGAGGCCAGCCAUUAUAAAAUUCUGAAAUUGAAACAAAAUCUGAAAGUUCCUUAAAAAUGUCAUAUUUCAAUGCAUUUGGACUACAGCAUUCAAAUUUUGUCAAAGAUUUUGGAACAUUACCAUCAUACAGGUCUGUCAAAACAGCUCUAUAUAUAACUAUGCAUUACUACUAUCAGGAACAUGCAGCAGUUCAUCAUAUUUUUGCAUCUAGCUAUUUUAGAAGAAUGACUCGUAUAUUUUUCCAAUAUUUGAAAACUUUGAAAACUUUGAUUCCUAUUAUUUUUUUAUUCUGUUUUUUAAUUGUUUUUAACCAAAAGGUGCUUGACAUCAGGAAUUUGCAAAAUACUUUCUACACUGAAAAUGUUUAUAUGACAUCAGCAUUUGUAUGAUGGUAAUGUUCCAAAGUCUUUGACAAAAUUUGAAAAAAUUAAAAUUGAAAAUGGAAAUGGGGAAUUGUUUUGUCUCCUAUUAGUAUAGACAUGUAGUGUAUAAUACAGUGAUUCUUUGUAAUUUAUAUUAUUCAUAUACAUUAAUAAGUUAUACAAACUGUGAUAGUAAGAACUGUGAUUAAGAAUCUGUGAUGUUAAGAAACUGUUAUAAUAAGAACUGUGAUUAAGAAACUGUGAUAUUAAGAAACUGUGAUGUUAAGAAACUGUGAUAGUAAGAAAUGUGAUUAAGAAACUGUGAUAUUAAGAAACUGUGAUAUUAAGAAACUGUGAUAGUAAGAACUGUGAUUAAGAAACUGUGAUAUUAAGAAACUGUGAUAGUAAGAACUGUGAUUAAGAAACUGUGAUGUUAAGAAACUGUGAUAAUAAGAACUGUGAUUAAGAAACUGUGGUAUUGAGAAACUGUGAUGUUAAGAAACUGUGAUAGUAAGAAAUGUGAUUAAGAAACUGUGAUAUUAAGAAACUUUGAUAUUAAGAAACUGUGAUAGUAAGAACUGUGAUUAAGAAACUGUGAUAUUAAGAAACUGUGAUAGUAAGAACUGUGAUUAAGAAACUGUGAUAUUAUGAAACUGUGAUGUUAAGAAACUGUGAUAGUAAGAACUGUUAUAAGAAACCUUGAUAUUAAGAAACUGUGAUAGUAAGAACUGUGAUUAAGAAACUGUGAUAUUAAGAAACUGUGAUAGUAAGAACUGUGAUUAAGAAACUGUGAUAUUAAGAAACUGUGAUAGUAAGAACUGUGAUUAGGAAACUGUGAUAUCAAUAUACUCAAUGUAAUUAUUGUAAUUUUUUUGAAAUUAUUACUAUAUUGUAUCACAUUAAAAAAUGUAAUUGAUUAAAAUAAAUAUUUA